AAAUAAACUAAUCCAGUCACAUUUCCAAUUUUGAUGAAUGUCAGCGAACACAACAUUAACCAAAUCUGCCAUGCGCAGUCUGAAAAGUGAGCAGCAACGACAGGAAGUGUAGGAUCACAAAUUGAAAUCUCAGUGCUGAUCUUUGAUUUGGACGACAGCUCUGCACGGGCAAUGGACUGGAUUGCUUUCGGCUAUGCUGCAGCCAUCAUUUUUGGUGGAUUUAUGGGAUAUAAGAGAAAAGGCAGCGUGAUGUCCCUGAUUGCUGGUUUAGUUUUUGGUGGAUUAUCUGCGUAUGGAGCCUAUAACGUCUCCAAUGAUCCAAAAGAUAUCCUGGUGCUGUUGGCCUCGUCUGGGUUGCUGGCAGUUAUCAUGGGAAUGAGAUACAAGAAAUCAGGGAAAUUAAUGCCAGCGGGGAUUAUGACGGGGCUAAGUUUGCUGAUGGUGUUUCGCCUGUUGCUUCGGACCAUAAUGUAACCAACCAAGCUGUACUGACCACACUCAGACAACUCUUGACUCUCUACAAGCAAGUUUUCACAAAAGGAAGCUGUUCUCCCAAAUCUGUAUUUUUUGUGAGAGCUUUUAAAAAGAAUUUAUUCAUGACUUGUAUGUGAUUGUAAGCAAAAUUAUACUAAUGAACUCUAAUUUACUUAUUGCUGUGGCAAAUAUGUCUAAACACUGCAAUUUUUUUGUAUUUUAUAUCUGUGAAUAAAAUGCAAAUGAAGAUCAGAAAUUUUUAAUAAUUGAAACUGUAACCUUUAAUUCUUGCAUGUCUGCAAUUGGGAAACAGUAAAUAGGAACUAUGUCUAAAAGAUAUGUAAAAGCACAAAAACUGAAGGAAUUUAACUUGUAAAGUGCAUAUUUUUUCAUAUAAAAUUUUCUUAAGGCCUGUGAUUAAAAAUAAAAAACACAACAGCCUCUGAGA